GGAUCAUUAACAACGUUACCCAAAAUCUUUUUAGAACUUCGUUAUCUGAAUCUUCAUCACCACAUUCAUAAUUUUCCAUUGAGAUCCCUCGUUUUCCUUAUUCAACCACAAGUUUCGUUUAUCUUCUUAUCACGUUCCCGAGAAAGUUUGGAACAAUGUUGAGAAUUUGAGAUAAGGUUCGAAUAGAAAAUUCUUAUUAUUUUUAUUAUUCUCCACUCUUUUUGUGAUAAACAAUUUGAUUUCUCUUUAGCUUCCCUUCUUUUUCUUUUCCCUGCUUCACCGCUUCCUCUCUCGUGGUUCACGUUGUUCUUCCUCACCCACAAUCCACAAUCUUCAAGAUUUGAUUUUUCCAUCAAUGUGUGCAGCAAAAUCGAAAAUUUCCUCUAACCCAUCUCAAAUGUGGAUCUCAAUUUCACGCUGCACCCCACAUUGCUUGUAUUUUCCGGUGACCGAGAUCUAGGGUUUAUGCUUCCCCUUUUCCCUUGCUCGUGCAGAAAUCAUCACUCUCGGGUCCGAUUGAUUCCGAUUCUGCCUUCAUGGGCUUGUUUUCCAUCUAAAAGGUUUGCAAUCCGUUGAUUUCAGCUUCUGGGUCGCAAUGCUCAAGCAAAUCCUCAGCAAGCUUCCUCGAAAAUCGUUGAAACCUGACUCGGACGAGUCAACUCGGGGUGACUCGUCGCAUUCCACCUAUUCGCCACGCGCCUCUGGCAGAAGCCACAGACCUCACGGGGGCGGAUGUUCAACAUCAGCCGCCCUGAAGCGAGCUUCGUCGUCAGCAGUGUUUCCGGCGAGCAUGGUGUCUGGGAUUGAACCUUUGGUGCCGUUUAAGGAUGUUCCUAACGCUGAGAAGAUGAACCUGUUUGUGAGCAAGUUGAGCCUUUGUUGUGUCACGUUUGAUUUCACAGACCCUGGUAAGAACAUUGCGGAUAAAGAUGUGAAAAGGAAGACUUUGGUUGAACUUGUUGAUUUUGUGGCUUGUGGGUCAAUGAAGUUUAGUGAGCCUGCUAUCCUUGCUAUGUGUAGAAUGUGUGCUAUUAAUCUGUUUAGAGUUUUUCCUCCUAAUUAUAGGGCUAAUGGUGGUGGUGGUGAGAAUGAUGAUGACGAACCUAUGUUUGAUCCCGCUUGGCCGCAUUUGCAACUUGUGUAUGAAUUGCUGCUUAAAUUUAUCUCUUCUUCGAGCCUCGAUGCUAAGGUAGCAAAAAAGUAUAUUGAUCAUUCGUUUAUUUCGAGGUUGCUUGAAUUAUUUGAUUCAGAGGAUCCUAGGGAAAGGGAUUGCUUGAAGACAAUUCUGCAUAGGAUUUAUGGGAAGUUCAUGGUGCAUAGACCAUAUAUUCGAAAAUCUAUGAACAAUAUAUUUUAUCGGUUUGUGUUUGAGACUGAGAAGCACAAUGGGAUUGCUGAGUUGUUGGAGAUUUUUGGGAGUGUAAUUAGUGGGUUUGCUUUGCCGUUGAAAGAGGAACACAAAAUCUUCUUGUGGCGAGUUUUAGUCCCCUUGCACAAACCGAAAUCUAUGGGGGUGUACUUUCAACAAUUGGCUUACUGUGUUAUGCAAUUUAUAGAUAAGGAACCAAAGUUAGCGAGCAUUGUGAUUAGGGGUUUGUUGAAGUAUUGGCCGGCAACAAAUAGUCAAAAAGAGGUGAUGUUUCUGGGUGAACUCGAAGAAAUUUUGGAAGUAAUUAACAUGGUAGAGUUCCAGAGGGUCAUGGUCCCAUUGUUUUGGCGAAUUGGAUGCUGCAUUAACAGUUUACACUUUCAGGUAGCUGAAAGGGCCCUAUUCUUAUGGAACAAUGAUCACAUUGUCAAUUUGAUUGCUCAUAACCGUCAAGUGAUCCUGCCCAUCAUAUUUCCAGCUUUAGACAGGAAUGUUCAAUGCCAUUGGAACCCAGCAGUUGUCAACUUGACUCACAAUAUCAGAAAGAUGUUCUUGGAGAUGGAUGAGAAGCUCUUCAUUUCUUGUCAUAAUCACUUUAAGGAAGAAGAAGCAAUCAUAAUCACAGCGGCUGAGAAGCGAAAGGAGGCGUGGAAACAACUUGAGCAUGCAGCCAGUCUCAGGCCUGUCAUUGGAAACACAGCUGUUUUAGUGUCCUGAUUUGCAUUGCGUGCUGGUUUCCCAAUCCUUUUUCACUUUCCUCAUGUUUUGAUGGCAAACCUGAAGAAAUGUGGAAUGGCUGUUAUUGAGAGUUGCAUUUUGUUUUUGGAUCCUAUGUUCUUAUGAUGCUUCUGGCAGCCAAUAUGAAGUGUCAUGGUUUUGAUUGCUACUGUGUGGUACAAAGUUUACCUCAUGAUGAGGACCAUGCAGUGAAUGAAACCAUUUUCUGUACAAGUUUAUUUCCAAAAUAUUCUCAGUAUGUAUGUACUAAUAGUUGUAUUUACAGUACAGUCUUCAUGCUCUUCUGCUCCAUUACCUUGAAUUGCUAUAAAGACUGCUGUUUGAAGAC